CUUUCGUUUAUUUACCCUGUGUGCCCAAACAUUUGCUAGAAUUGCUACACCGCGCGGCGCCGGUGCUGAUCGAUGCUCAGAAAGGAAUGAUGAUGAUGAUGAUACAGACAACAGUUCGGAAUACGAAAGCCUCGGGUUUGAUGCCGCUACUGGUGAAAAGGGCAGUAUCGUUCUCUGCUUCGACCCAAUCUACCGUGGAAUCGGCUUCCAGGGACGGAGAACUCAGGCUCUUCAUCGUUGCUGGGGAGGUUUCCGGUGACGCCAUUGCCGCACGUCUUAUGAAUUCUCUCAAAAAGCUCUCUCCUUUUCCCGUCCGCUUCGCUGGCGUUGGAGGGCAUAGGAUGUCUAAGCAAGGGUUGAACUCUCUCUUUCCAAUGGAGGAUAUUGCAGUGAUGGGUAUUUGGGAGUUAUUGCCACAUCUUAAUCAGUUCAGAGUUAAAUUGAAACAAGCAGUGCAGGCUGCUCUUGGUUUUCGGCCUCAUGCUGUAGUCACCGUGGAUUCAAAGGGAUUCUCCUUUCGUUUCCUAAAGCAUUUGCGGGCUAGGUACAGGAUACAAGGGACGCUUGGUCCUCUGCAUUUUCACUAUGUUGCACCGUCAUUCUGGGCGUGGAAAGGCGGUGAGGCAAGACUGGGAGGACUUUCUGAGUUUGUGGAUCAUGUCUUAUGUAUCCUUCCUUUUGAGGCAGAAGUUUGUCGAUCGAAUGGAGUAGCUGCAAGCUUUGUCGGCCACCCUACACUUGAAGAUAUAUUGGAGUUUGAGGGGAAGGACACGACACAAGGGGGAUGGAGAGUUCGAGGGGAUGCAGAAAAGUUUAGGAAUGAAUAUGGAAUAUCCUCAGGAUCCAAAAUCAUGUCCUUGCUCCCCGGAAGCAGAUUACAAGAGGUUACUAGAAUGAUGCCCAUCUUCUCAAACACGGUGAAACAACUACGAGAUUCCUUUCCAGACUUGAUUACGACUAUCCACGUUGCACCUAACCAACAUGUGGAGAGUUUCGUCGGUGAAGCGACCCGUAACUGGCCUGCACCUGUUAUAUUGAUUCCGGGAGGAUCACACCACAUGAAGUACGACUCUUUUAGCGUUAGCAGUGUGGCACUGUGCACGUCUGGGACAGUUGCGAUGGAGUUGCAGCUUGCACGGCUACCUUGUGUUGUGGCGUAUCGAGCCCAUCUCCUGACAGAAUGGAUCAUACGUUACAAAGCUAAAGUAUCGUACAUUUCUCUUCCCAACAUUCUCUUAGAAUCUGCGAUAAUCCCUGAAGCUCUGUUUCGUGCUUGCACGCCUUCAAAACUGGCAUCAUUGCUCCGGAACUUGAUUCUUGAUGAAAGUCUGAGACAGAAACAGAUAAUUGCCGCGGAGAAGGUUAUUCGGUUGUUGAGACCUGAAAGAAUCUCCGGCAGCUCGACGCCGCUGGAUUCCAUGUCUUUUGAUUAUACACCUAGUAUGAUUGCAGCUUCUACUAUAUUGUUUUCUAGGAGGACAUGAAAAUUGGAGAGUUUCACCAUGCCAACUCCUAUUUUGUAAAGCUUUGUAACUUUAAAUUUCAGCCUUUAGUAUAAUUAGAAUG